AUGAAAAGCAAAUCUUCAAGUCCAAAUAGAAAAUCACGUCCAAAAUCAAUUUUAAGUCCUAGUAAACAAGCCAACAAGCCUAAUGAUCAAUACAAUGGCAAUGAAUCAACAGAAUUAGAUCCUAACGAGCUUGAAGUUAGCGAAAAAACACAACCAAUUCAGUUUAACAAUGAUACAACAAAGAAAUAUAAGAAACCAAGAAAAUUGGCAACAUCAUAUCAAGGAAAACAAAGUAAUAAAAUUGAUCAACCAAAUUUACAAGAGAAUUUCGCGCAAACUAAUCCAUCAUCAUUUCUUGAAUCACUAACUGAUUCAACUGAAAUACUUUCAGAUAUUGAAGAUCCUUUCUCUCCUUUGAAACUUGUUCAAUGCACACAAACAGAAUCAUCUCUAACUCAUGCACCACUUUCAAUCGAAACAAAUCUAUUUGGAGAGCGAAUUGAUCCAACAUAUAAUAGAAAAUUCACAAUCAAUAAAGUUUCAAAUUAUUUUGUGCAGCCUAGAGCAUCUAAAGAAAAUGAAACUCAAUUUGAAGAACCAUUUAAGGGAUACUACAUCCGUAGCGUAGAAAUACCACCAUUUGAUUCUAAAGAACAAAUCGAUUAUUACGAUUACAAUAAAAUGAAUACAGCUAUUAGAAAUGAAAGAAAACUUGUAGAAAUAUCAUAA